UGUCAAUCCCAUAGAUGCCGAUUUCCGUUGGUACGUCGAAAAUCUAACAACACUCAAUAUUAGCAGGAAUGAUCCCGUGCUGGCUGUGUGUGAUGACUGUCUACUGCAGUAGAUGUUCUCGAUGUUGGUUUGCUAACUGUGCGACAGCAUCAUACUGCCCGAGGCUGAUGAUCAUCGUCAAGGAAAUCACUGGGGUUGAUAACCAGGUUUCCAUCGACAUCUGUGCGCAUGCGCAGAGCGGGCAGGACACCAGAACAUCCACGCCGCAAGUUCAGAAUUGCAAUGUCACUCACAAUGCUUUUGUUCAACCUGAAGACGACAGCUGACCAGUUUUACUCUGG